UAAUUUUUUUCAUUCGCAGGAAGAUAAGCAUGUAAGAACGUGCAUUUUCUUUGUGUGCGGGACGCUGAGCUCCGUCAGUUAGGAUUAUUGAAGCGAUAUGUCAGACAAGUCGAAAUGGGAACCGGAUUGCAGAGACAUCUGCAAGUCUCGUCAGCACGGCGCCUGGUGCACAGCGGCUGUGAUUCGUGGCAAUGAUUCGGAAAUCCAGGCUGCGUUGCCUGCGACUUGCCGAAACUUCGUCAACGUUUGGGACUACGGUGGUCGGAAUGUCCUUCACGUGGCUGCCUCCUGUGGUCGUCGGAAGAUAGUUUCUUGGCUGGCUCGUCUCCGUGGAGCUAGGACCAAUGUAAAAGACCUCGAGUCCGGUUACACUGCCUUACACCGGAGUGUGUUCUAUGGACAGAUCAACUGUGCUGUAGAGCUUCUGAAGCUGGGCUGCAACCCCAAUUCCUUGGAUCAAGAAGGAUUAACAGCAUUCGAGCUAGCUCUGUUGGAUCGUCCGUUGAUCGUUGAUUUGAACCCAUCGAAUCCCUGUGAAUUAUACGUGUGGGGCACCAAUAGUAAUUAUAACUUGGGCAUCGGCCAUGACCAGACAAGAGCUUUGCCGGAUGUUCUGGAAUUCUUCCGGAAGAAUAACAUCGUCAUCAAGCAGGCUUCGAUGGAUAAAUUUCAUUCACUUUUCCUGGACUCGAAUGGGAAAGUAUAUGCUUGCGGUCAUGGGAACGGCGGUCGUCUUGGCUUGAACAGCAACCAACCCCAGCUAGAACCCCGACAAGUUUCGGUUCACCAUGAUUCCUCAGUAGUCAUGGUAGCAGCAGCUGCGAAUCAUUCCGCUUUCCUGCUUGAAAAUGGAAUUGUUCUCUCUUGUGGAUCGAAUCAACAUGGACAAUUGGGUCACCCUUUAGUCCCUGAAAUCGAUGCCCCGAAACCUCUUCCAUGGUUCAAAUUGCAAAAAGGCGGCUUUGACACUACCCGAGGUACUAUUCUUCUCGCUGUGGGUCAUUUUCACAGCGUGUUCUGCUCCAGGGAUGGUGUUUUCACCUUCGGGCUGAAUGGAGGACAACUCGGGCAUGCAAAACUAGAUAAGGAAAAGAUUCUCUGGACUCCGAGAAAAGUUACAGCUUUAGAUUUGGGUUCUGAUGGUCACAUUGUUGGAUUAGCCGCAUCAGAAGGAAGCACUGUGAUCACUGUGAAGAGGAAUUCCACCGGAACUUGUGACGUUUUCGUCCUCCAUGAAUAUCAAUGUCGGAAAGUGGCAUCAAAGUUGGCAGGAGAUUUGAAAAUUAGCGUUGUCGGUGGGAAUUUGGAUUCUAAGGGAGCAGAGAACCUCGGUUUGAUCGAAAAGAUCGGAUCUGAGUUGAUGAUUUGCAUACUUACGACUGGUGAUCGUUUGCUGCUCUGGAGAGGAGCUCACAACAACUUGAAGAGGGUGAUUUUGAGUGCUCCGCAGCAAUUAACUGUAGCGGAUGCUGUGUUGACUAAAGCAGGACUUGGUAUUGUGACCAAAUGUGGACGCGUGUUCACGGGCCUCAUCUCGGACGAGCCAGUGACAAAAACCGCAGGAUUCGAUCCUAAAUUCAAGUCAUCUUACAAAAGAGUGAUGGGUGGAAAGCUGGGGAGUGUUGAUGACAGAAUAAAUCAAUAUCCUCCCGAAGUGGUCAAACUGAAUCGUGUACCUGGCAUUUGGCGUGCUGUUUCAUUAGCCGCUGAUCCGAAGGGAAAAAAUUACGCAACAUUGCAAGCCAACCCGAAAGAUGCUCUUUAUGACUUACCAGUUACUCCAGACUCAACGACCGUCGAAGAUUGGAGGAAUUUUUUCGACGAUAUCUUGUCUCUUGGGCAGAUUAGUGACGUCAUUCUACGAGUAAUCAAUGGAGAAUGCUACCACGCGAACUGGUUUGUCCUGCGUUCGAGGUGUUUCUUCUUCAACAAGCUGCAUGCCCCUCCAGAUCCCAACAUUGUUCCGUUGAAACUUGAGACCAAACAAACUGAUCCAGUCGUUUCGAUGUUCGGAUAUUCAUCGCCAUUCGAGGAUGCCGACUUUCAGGACUUCGGUUUUCGGGAAGAUGCGAUUGGUAUUCCAACUGUGGAUACAGAAAUAUUUGCUGGCAUCCAUCCGUUUGUCAUCAAACAAUUUUUGAUCUACGUUUACACCGGAACUUGUGAUUUGAUGUUAGAGCAAGAGUGUCCGUUUAUAAUUCCAGCUGAUGGUUAUGCUGAGAAGUUCAUCAUCUUCCCAAAAGCUCCCGUCAACAAAUCGAAGAAAAAGAAAAAUAAGGCGAAGGAUCGUACAAAGAGGAUUGAAGCUGAUGAUGAAGAAACUAUGAAGAUGUCCUUACCGAUUGUAAAUCCUCUCGCAAUGAUGAACGAAGUGGCUGAAAAAUUGAAUUGGAAGUCUCUGAAAACAACUCUCAGCCAUUUAGAUUUUCAAGUUUCAUCGGAUAGUUUUCCAAGUGGACGCAUUGUGAAAAAGUCGGACUUCAGAAAUCCGUCGCCGGUCUCAUUCAGUUGUGAAAGUUAUCCGGAGUUGAAGGAUAUCAUCAUUGUAGCAGAGGGUGGUGAAGAAUUGAGCGGUCAUCAGUGCGUUCUGGCCGCCCGGUUACAAUAUUUUCGGUCUAUGUUGGGCUUUUCGGGUGGAUCCUGGUCGGAGUCUGGAAUGCGAAAAGUCAAAAUUCCUCUCCCGAUUGACCUUCUGAAAAUCGUUGUUGAUUUCCUCUACACGGAUUCCGUGCCUGACGUGUUGCUCACUGCUCAAGAUCCUACCAUCGCGGCCAACAUUUUGGUCGUUUCGGAUCAAUUUCUCAUCACUCGCCUUAAAGGCAUGUGUGAAGAAGCCAUGGUAUCGUUGCUGUCUUUGAAGAACGUUGCGGAGUUCCUGGAUUUUGCCGAAAAGUUCGGUGCUGCUCAACUUAAAAACUCUUGUUUCCAAUUUGUCUGUUUGAAUCUGUCAGCUGUGCUCGAAUCGCGGGUGUUGGACAGCGUCACUGACUUGGUUAUUAUGGAUCAGCUUACAACGUACUAUCAAAACUUCGUUCUAGAAAGAGGCCGGAGGCGUAUAACACCGUCUUCGGACGGGCCAACUGCCGAGGAGCUUCAAGCAUUUGCUUCUGCGAAUGAAACAACGUUAGAUGAUCUAUUAGCGCAGUGCGAUUUGGGCAUUGAAUGUGAACGUGGAUUCGAACUUCUGAAAGUACGUUCGCCAACCAAAACUGUUAAGAAAAAGCCCACCAGGAUCAGAAAAUCUAGUCAAAGCCAAGCACCUUCUUCUGAACCCGAAAAAUCUGAAGCUCUUCAAUCUCCGAGAGUCCGUGACGAACCUUCUUCAACUCCCCCUUUUGAGAAAAUCCAAGAAAGGAAGUUGACUCCGAUCGGCAGACGGCUGCCUGCACCUGUGACACCUCAAAAACUUGCAGCUUUGGAUUCGAAGUCUCCGAGUGUCUCCACCCCGAAAACGUUCAAGCUCCUUCCACGUGUUGAAUCGUCGGUUGAUGAAGAAAACUUUCCUUCGUUGAAUGGCACAGUCCAUGAAGUACAUACCAGAGAAACUGUUCGUGCCGUACCUGCGUCGGGAGCCAAAUCUGAACCGCUGCCGAUCAGAGUGAAAACUAAGAUGUCGCAGAAACAGCGGAAAAAGUUGUCGGAAAAGUGUGAAGAGGACGAAAUUGUACCUGUUGCCUCUCCACCGAAACCUGCAAAUGCUUGGUUCAGUCCCUUGUCGGGCAUAGCAAAAUCACCAACCGCUUCUUCUCCGAUUGAAAUUUCGAGGAAGACCUCCGCAUUGAGUUUAAACGAAUCGUCAAGUCCCGGAGAAGCAUUGGCAAGAUCUCCUGAAGGUUGGGGGAACGAUAGUUCCUUCUCAAAAAUCCUUGAAGAGGAAGAGGUUCGGAAGAAAAAUCUGGAGAAAAUUAAGGCGAAGCCUCUUUCGGUGAUUCAGAAAGAGGACCAAGCAAUUGAAGAACUUCUUCUUUAUUACAACGCAGAAGGGAAUGCUGAAGAGCGCAUCACUGUUUUGCGAAGUGGCCCGUCAGACUUCGCAACUCCAAUUUGGCACAAAAAAAGCUCUACUGCCUGA